AUGGCGCAGCUCUGGGCGGUGUUCCUGGCCGUGGGCUCGCUCGCCAUCGGCAUGCUCGGGGUGCUCGGCGUCUGGCUCUGCUACCUGUUCCAGGCCGUGGCGCGGGGGCCGCCUCCCGCCCCGCCGCCCGAGACGCCGGAGACGGACGACGGCGACGACAAGAACGGGCUGUCGGAGGCGGAGCUGAGGCAGCUUGGCGGGGUCGUCCAGGCGGAGGCCGCGGACGAGGACGAGGAGGAGGAGGCGCUCUGCCCGAUCUGCCUCGACGCCAUGGAGCCCGGCCGCGCCGUGCGCGUCCUCCCCGGCUGCAACCGCGCCUUCCACCAGGACUGCGUCGACCGGUGGCUGGCCAUCUCGCCGCGCUGCCCCGUGUGCAACGUCUGGGCCACGCCGCAGUCGCCGCUGGCCUCGCCGACGGCCUUCAAGGCUGCUCCGGGAUGUUGACAUGGGGGGCGGCCCGCGCGCGCGUUCUUGGUUCUUGGCGAAUCUUGGUCUGCCUCUCGACUUCUGAUCAAGAAAAGCGCGCAUUUCAAGACUGCUCCGGGAUGUUGGCAUGGGGGCGGCGCGCGCGUUCUUGGUUCUUGGCGAAUCUUGGUCUGGCCUCUCAACUUCUGAUCAAGAAGCGUGCUUGACCAACUCUAGUUAGUUUUCUUGGCUCGGAGAGUGGUUCUUGAUGCGUCCUUGUGAGCUUCAUGGCUGUGUACAGGAUUCUUCGACGGGAGACUGCAUGUAAUUGCCUCAAUCUU